CAGAAUAGUCACUACCAGACCGCUGAUAAACCCCAAACCCCAACAACCAUUGAAACCAUCACAACAAAGCUCAGAUCUUCAGAGAAAAAGAGAUGUUUCGGAACCGUAUUGUAGCGUUGUUUGUGAAGAGUAAUCAAAAGGCACUGUACAGUCUGAGAGGAACAACUUCAUCUCGGGUAUUGAAGGAGGAGCCCUAUAGAAAAUUCUCAACAGGGAUCACAAGGCAAUGCCUGGAGAAAUUCCGCUGUUUGCCUAAGGGUAACUAUGUACCAUAUGUAAGGAAUAUGUCUACUGUGGCUUCCAUAGGUGGUGAAAGUAAGGAAGGAUUGAAGCUUCUAGUAAAUGGAGGACCUCGCGCUCAGAAAAUUGUUGGCACUUGGCUGUUUACCUCUGCUGCUUGGGUAUUCAGUAUGGUAAUGCUUGGUGGUAUAACACGAUUAACACGAUCAGGUCUAUCAAUGACUGAUUGGAAGUUUACUGGCGGCCUCCCUCCUCUAUCAGAUGAAGAUUGGUUGGCUGAGUUUGAGAAGUACAAGCAGUCCCCUGAGUAUAAACGUGUAAACAAAGGGAUGAGUAUUGAAAAUUUCAAAUUUAUAUACUGGAUGGAAUAUGCGCAUCGUAUGUGGGGAAGGGCAUUGGGUAUCCUGUUCGCAUUGCCAUUCUCAUAUUUCCUUAGUAAAGGGUAUAUCACCUUACCACUUGGAUUAAGACUCUCAGCUCUCUUUGGUCUUGGUGCUGGACAGGGUCUAAUAGGAUGGUGGAUGGUUAAAAGUGGUUUAGAGGAACCAGCCUCUGAAUACGCUCAGCCAAGAGUAAGCCCUUACCGUCUUGCAGCUCAUCUCACUUCAGCCUUUGCUAUAUACUGUGGACUACUAUGGACUGGUCUUUCUGUUAUGAUGCCCGAACCACCUUCUAAAUCAGUAGCCUGGGUUCAUGGGGCAGCAAAAGUAAAGAGACUGGCUCUUCCUGUCAGCUUGCUUGUGGGAGUUACUGCUGUCUCAGGCGCAUUUGUUGCCGGGAAUGACGCGGGGCAUGCUUAUAACACUUUUCCAAAGAUGGGAGACACAUGGAUCCCUGAUGAUGUUUUUGACAUGAAACCACUAAUCCGGAACUUCUUUGAGAAUACGUCCACUGUGCAGCUCGACCAUCGAAUCCUUGCAACCGCAACUUUAGUCUCGAUUGGCGCUCUGUGGUUGACAACAAGGAAGUUCGACACACACCCUAUAGUUCGAUCUCUAAUCAGAACCACUCUCAGCAUGGCUGCCCUUCAGGUCACCCUUGGAGUAUCGACACUUCUAUCCUAUGUGCCUGUUGAGCUUGGAACCGCACAUCAAGCUGGAGCUUUAACUCUGUUGACCUUAUUGAUCCUCCUGAAUCACACAGUCCGCAAGCCAUCACCAUCAUUUCUCAAAUCUCUGCCUCAAGUUUACAAGAAAAUCUAGCAUGUCCCUUUCUUUGGUACAUUUCUGUAAGAUAUUUAUAUAUAGAAAAAAGACGUGUCAAAAAAAGGAAAAAAAAGAAAAAGAGAGAGGAUGUUAUCUGUUUCUC